AUGGACCUUUUGCUUCCGAGCAAUCUGUCUCUUCCAUCGAAUGGAAAUGGUCUUAUUGUAGGCGCCCUGUAUUCGCCUGGAAAAUUGUUAAUACAAAAUUUUGUGGAAACUCCUUCUCAAGAUAAAGAAUCUGAGUGUGCCUUGUAUGAGCAUAUUUACAACCACACAAGAGAAGUCAUCGCUCGGCUUAGCGGUGGAAUAAACGUUCUUGGAGGCUUCUUUGUUGAUGAGAAAGAAAAUAGUGACUGGCUAAAAAGUACGAAGAAAUUAAGACGGGAGGGACAUAUAGCAAACGAGACAAUCUUUGCGUACAUCGAAGAUGGAAGUAUUCGGGCCAAACGUAUUCGAGACUCUGGAGAUGUUCAAAAAGUAGAAGUAAAGACUGUAUCUUCCUCAAAAUUCCCCCUGACACAGAUCCGCUCCCAAGCAUCCUUUCAAUUUUCGCUUCCCAUCGUUUCCAAAUCGCAGAAAAUCUACGCCUCAGAAGUCGGGAAGCAAAUAACGAACUUCGCAGUCGAAAAAUUAUCCAGUUUCGAACUCUUCGUCAAUAAUAGAUUCAGCGAAAAUGGCGAGCUUGUUAUUCCAAAAAAUGCGUCAACAGUUCCUGAAUUCCUGAUGGCUGAUAUCUAUCAUGAAGGUCAUGAUGUGCCGAUUCAAUUAGCCGAUAGCCCCUCUAUGAAUGUACAAAUCUCUAUUGCCGUAAGAGCUGCUAUCACUAGAAAAUCUUCCAUAAGUGAUUUGAAAGAACUGAUCAGAGUGGAUGUACAGCGCUCGUUAUCAAAAAGAUUUGAGAUUUUCACCGAGGAUCUCAUCCUCGAGCUCGAUGAAGACAACCCUCUCAUGACAAAUGGAAUACUGGCUAGACGAGUAUUCACAUCAAUCAAUGGUGGCUUUCCAAUCUCGUUGUACGAGAAUUUUCAAACAAAAGCAGGCGACGACCUCGAGUUUAUCUUCAACAUAUCAGAAUCCACGGAACCCUUCGAGUAUGCGGAACCAGAAGUAAAAAAUACGACCGUUAUAGACAGAAUUCGCGAUGAAGAACAGGCAUCAACUAAAAUUUCUAAGAGCAACCCCUCGAACUUGAUCAUGUUGCGAAGCUCUCGAUCAUUGAUCAACCGAUUUGCCUCUACCAAAGUCUUCUUUGACAUCAACGCUGGUGGAGAAGGUACCCAGCGUAUCACCUUCAAGCUUUAUGAUGAUGUUGUGCCAAAAACUGCCGAGAAUUUCCGUCAGCUGUGUACUGGAGAAGCUGGCUUUGGAUACAAAGGAUCCAGCUUCCACAGAAUCAUCAACGAUUUUAUGGCUCAGGGCGGGGACUUUACUGCUGGCAAUGGCACUGGCGGAAAGAGUAUCUACGGCCGAACCUUUGCCGACGAAAACUUUAACAUCCGGCACGAGCAGCCCUACCUCCUUUCGAUGGCCAAUGCCGGUCCAAACACUAACGGUUCGCAGUUCUUCAUCACUUUUAUUCCCUGCCCAUGGCUCGACGGCAAGCAUACCGUCUUCGGUGAAGUUGUAGAUGGCAAAGAAAUCGUUGAUAUCAUGAAUAAGUACGGCAGCCAAAGUGGCCGACCUAGAGCGAACUUCACUAUUGCCGACUGUGGCGAGCUCAAGGAAGACGAACUUGACUAA